CGCCGUUCGGUGGCGGGAACUCGGGUCGUUUGCUGACCGCGGCCCCUGGAAGCGUCUCCGUCCCGGCCGCUCGGGGCUUCCUGAGCCGCAGAAUCUCAGCUUGGCGGACGGAGCUAAGACUUCGCGACCACCUCGUCCUUUCCCUGUCCCGGAAACCUGAGGAACGAGGCGGCGGUGUCCUCGCUGUCGAGACGAGCGGCUGAAAGGCCCAGGCGGUGCCCGGGACCACGCGCGGGGAGCCGGGGAGAACAGAAGCUUCUGAAGGCAGACACCGGAUCUGCCAGUAAGAUAGGUUCUUGAGUGGCGCUCUAGGCCCAAGAGAAGUGAAGGUUUUCAUUUGUGGUCCUGUGCUGCUCCUAACUGCCGAGUCCAUUCCAGAGUCUGAGCUAGAGCUAGGCCCGUGACUGAAAAGACUGUCGAGACCCAUGUACAGUUUGGCCAUUAAUGCCAUCAUAUUUAUCAAAAAGUUUGGAACUCCUUUGUUCUGUAACUCCCUCACUGGUGAAGUUACCAUGCAGGCAUUUCUAAAAGGCACAUCUAUCAGCACUAAACCACCGUUGACUAAGGACCGAGGAGUAGCUGCCACUGCCAGAAGUAGUGGAGAGAACAAGAAAGCCAAACCUGUUCCGUGGGUGGAAAAAUAUCGCCCAAAAUGUGUGGAUGAAGUUGCUUUCCAGGAAGAAGUGGUUGCAGUGCUAAAAAAGUCUUUAGAAGGAGCUGAUCUACCUAAUCUCUUGUUUUACGGGCCACCUGGAACUGGAAAAACAUCCACUAUUUUGGCAGCAGCUAGGGAACUCUUCGGGCCUGAACUUUUUCGAUUAAGAGUUCUUGAGUUAAAUGCAUCUGAUGAACGUGGAAUACAGGUGGUUAGAGAGAAAGUGAAAAAUUUUGCCCAAUUAACUGUGUCAGGAAGCCGUUCUGACGGGAAGCCAUGUCCUCCUUUUAAAAUCGUGAUUCUGGAUGAAGCAGAUUCUAUGACCUCAGCUGCUCAGGCUGCUUUAAGACGUACCAUGGAGAAAGAGUCUAAAACCACCCGAUUCUGUCUCAUCUGUAACUAUGUCAGUCGAAUAAUUGAACCUCUGACCUCUAGGUGUUCUAAAUUCCGCUUCAAACCUCUGUCAGAUAAAAUUCAACAGCAGCGAUUACUAGACAUCGCUGAUAAAGAACAUGUCAAAGUUAGCAAUGAGGGAAUAGCUUAUCUUGUUAAAGUGUCAGAAGGAGACCUAAGAAAAGCCAUCACAUUUCUUCAAAGUGCUACUCGAUUAACAGGUGGAAAGGAGGUCACAGAAAAAGUGAUCACAGACAUUGCUGGGGUAAUACCAGCUGAGACAGUUGACAGAGUAUUCGCUGCAUGUCAGAGUGGCUCUUUUGACAAGUUAGAAGCUGUGGUAAAGGACUUAAUAGACGAGGGUCAUGCAGCAACGCAACUUGUAAAUCAGCUUCAUGAUGUGGUUGUAGAAAAUAACCUCUCUGAUAAGCAGAAGUCCAUUAUUACAGAAAAACUUGCUGAAGUUGAUAAAUGCUUAGCAGAUGGUGCUGAUGAACAUCUGCAGCUGAUCAGCCUCUGUGCUACUGUGAUGCAGCAGUUAACUCAGAAUUGUUAACCAUAUAUCCAAUAUGUAUCUUUUGGUAAAGAAUUUAUAAUAAAAUGACGAAAGCACCCUU